UGGUCACAUGUGAAUUUUGUUUUGUUUUUAUUAUCCCGUUUAAACUGUCAAAAUUACAUUGUACACUUUGACUUUCAAAUGUCCCUUUGUUCAAAGUAACUGUCAUUGGAAAAUGCCACGACCUAAACGAACAUUGACAAUUUUUCGAAGUAAAUAUUUCCCCGACAAUGAUGAAGAUUCCUUGAUUACAAACGAUGAUGAUAAUAAUGAUGAUUAUGGAUCACCGGUUACAAAAAGAAUUCGUAAACAAAUGAUGGAAAAAGUAUCGGUAACAAAAUCGAAUAAAUGUGGCAAUCAAUCUGCAAAGAAAAAGACCAAAAAACCCAGUGUAAAGAAACAUGAAUCCAAAAAGAAUGUUAAAAAAAUCGACGACGACGACGACGACGAUGAUGAUGAUGAUGAUGAUGAUGAUUGGGAAGAAGUUGAAGAAGCAAAAAUUUUCGAUCCAGAUGAUUAUCAGCCCGAAUUGCCAGCAAAAAUUCAAAUAUCAUUAGAUUCAUCAUCUAAUACAAAGACAAAGAAAAAUAUCGAUCCCAUACAGGCAGCAAUUCGACAACGAAUCAAUCGAAUACGUAAAGAAAAUCAAUUAACGAAGCAUAAAUGUUGUAUUCUAUUCGCCAUUAAUCGUCUUCAGUAUCUAAAUUCUUUAAUACAAGAUCCAAUGACUCAAGCAUUAGCUUUAUCAAUGAAUUAUUUGAUGCCUGAUACGAAACUGUCGUUGGAAAAAUAUAUCGGUGCUUUCAUCGCAAAAUUUACAAGAAAUUUUACUAUUUCAAUUCUAGAAAAUCAUGACUACAGUAUCGAUGUUCAACAGGAAAUCAUUCACAGUUUCGAUCGAUUAUCCAUCGAUUAUUAUUUAAUACUCAAAUUGAUCAUAAUAGCCAUGCUUAGAUUAACAAAUCAUAUGAUUAGAUUAUGUUAUCUAUUUGAUCCAUUGCCAAUAAAACCAUCAAAUUUAUUGGGUGAUAAACCGAAAUCAAAAUCAACAAACAAUAAUAAUGAUGAUGAUGAAUUGACGCAGAAAGAAUUUUAUUGGAUUGAAAUUUUCGAUAAUGGAAAUAAUCGUUGGAUUUGUUAUGAUUAUCAGCAUCGAAUCUAUGAUAAUCCUAGGAAAUUGGCCGAAAAAUUUCCUACAAAACCAACGUAUAUAUUGGCUAUUGAUAAUCGAGAUAAUAUUGUUGAAGUUACUGCACGUUAUGCCAAGGAUUGGAUGUCGAAUUCGAUGCAAAAACGACGAAUCAACAAAGAUGAUGAUGGUUGUUGGCUAGAAGAAACAUUAAAUCUUUUCAAUUCAAAUCAUCGAUAUUCAUCAAAAUAUAAACAUGCUGAUCAUAUUGAAUUUGAACAAAUUAUCGCACAAAUUGAAUUGCCUAAAAAAAUGGCUGAAUAUAAAAAUCAUCCAUUAUUUGUACUGACAAAAGAUUUAUUAAAAUUUCAGGCAAUCUAUCCAGGUGAUGCACCACCAUUAGGUUUUUUUCGUGAUCAACCUGUUUAUUCAAGAAAUUGUGUUUAUACAUUGAAAUCACGUGAAACAUGGCUACGUGAAGCAAGAACCGUUCGAAUGAAUGAACAACCAUAUAAAAUGGUACAAUCACGUUUUAAAUGGAAAACAACGACGGCAUUUGGUGAAAAACCUGAAAAAGAAAUGAUCGGUGUUUACGGUGAAUGGCAAACAAUUCCAUAUGAACCACCAAUUGCAAAAAAUGGUAUCGUUCCACGUAAUGGUUAUGGAAAUGUUGAUCUUUAUAAACAAUGUAUGUUACCAAUCGGUACCGUACAUCUUCAAUUGGCUGGAUUAUUACGUAUAGCGAAUAAAUUGAAUAUUGAUUGUUCACCAGCUAUUGUUGGUUUCGAUGGCAAUCGUAAUAGUUCACAUCCAAUUAUAGAUGGUUAUGUUGUUUGUGAAGAAUAUAAAGAUAUUCUUAUCGAUGCUUGGAAUGAAGAUCAACAUAUUCAAUGUGUAAAAGAAAAUGAAAAACGUGAAAAACGAAUCAUCGAUAAUUGGAAACGUUUAAUUCGUGGAUUGAUUAUAAAAAGAAAUUUAAAAAUUAAAUAUGGCCACUAGAUGUCAUUGUUUUCACUGUGUUUAUAUAACCAAAACAAAUAAAAAACAAUCAAUCAGCCAAUAAUGUUCAAGAUGUUGGAAGAAUUUUUAGCCUUCAUAUCCAGAUAUGCCAUUGAGCAUACAUCAAAUUUUGUCAUAUUGAUUCUAUUGAUUACCACACCUUUGUUUGCAUUGAGUGCAUAUCUAUCGUUGAAAUUGGCACGUUCAAUUGAACAGCAACAGAAAAAAAUUAAAUCCAUUGAAAAGAUUAAAAUGAAAUCAAAGGCAAAGAAAGAGAAAUGAAAUCAUCAUCGAAUUGGUGAAUUUUUUUUCAUCAUUUUUUUCGCUAUUUAUCACCAUAUACAAAAUUAUGAUUACAAAAUAAAUUUCUUUCCAAUAUC